CGUAAAAUAAGCCAAGUGUAUCUAUAUAAUUUGGUACGAAUAGAAACUUAUAUUUUUUUAUAUUAUUGAUUUUUAAUGGUAACACGCUGACUCUUCUACUUCGUUUUCCCAAAGAAAUUUAUUAAAUCUGUUAUUUAGAAUUUAGGUAUGUCUUUCUUAGAUGCAAUCAUCGAUUAUAGAUUUGUAGCUGUUUUUAAUACAGUUUUCGGGUACGUUUGAUAUUUUUGCAGGUUUUCACAAUCCUGAUAUCCACGAUAGUUUCCGUCCCCGGGCUGCAUAAAACUUACAUGAGUAUACUGUCGCGGUUGCAUUAUUAAAUGGCCAAUAUUUCCAGCCGCGUAACGGGUGACCGAUCGCAAUCGAACCGUGUCGUAUUGUAGGAUCGUCACGGAAAGGCGGAGAGAGAUUUGGCGACCGCGAGCACCCUGUUUACGUGGGCCGCAUUAUUAUUCCAUUCGCUUUUGGCCCGGUUCCAUGGUUUAAGCCGCGUAUAAUUCUGCGGCGGAGUCACGUGGCCGUGCGUCAGGGCAAACUAAUCAAUGGACAAGCAUCGACCAACCGCGCCGACGAGGCUGGUGUCGGUGAUUCAGUUGUGCCACGGAGAUGCACUCGCUCGGUGGUGGCCAACCCUCCCGUUUCGUUCCCUCCUGCAGCAGGUACAUUCGGUUACGGAAACGUGCGAAAGACCAGCGGUAUAUCCGCGAUUUACGAUAUCGCUCCAAUUUAUGUUUCUCGCACUUUGACAGAACGCGACGAAUUAUUCUGGAAGAGUUCUUUAAGAAAGAAGAGGCUGAUAUUCCGCGAUGCGUCGAUGCGAUACGUCGCGGUGAAAGGAAUGCCGAUGACGAAACUCCACGUAUAGAUGAAGAAUAAUCGAAAACAUUAUGAGAUAUAGUAAAGUGGCACGAUGCUAAGCCCGACCCCGCCGAUCGAUCGUCCCAGCCUGCGUCCUGGCACAGGAUACCUCAUCGCGCCGCGGGUGCCCCACGGUCUUGCGACCGUGGUCGAAAGUCUCACGAGGGAGGUCCUGCGUCAUCGUCCCGAGGACAUAUACGUCUUUGCGGCCCGCCACUUCGAGAAGCUGCUGAAGCUGCGGGAGGAGUACCACGCCGAGGAGUACAGCGAUCGCGAAUUCAACCAUGAAUUCAGUCGCGAUUUUAAUCUGUGGCCCAGGAAGGAGACCCAGCGAAGACCUUCCAACGGCGGUUGGUCCUUGGAGAAGGAGAUCGAGAUCUUCGAGAGGCGUGAACCGGUGCUCGUCGACGUGGAGGAGAGUCAGGAGGACGUCUGCUCCACCGGCAGAGAAAAUCGAAAAGCGUCGAAGCAGACGUGCUCGCGAGAUCCUGCGACUGCGAAGAAAACCUCGAAGAAAUCAAAGGACAACGGGACAACGUCGGACGUUCGCACGACGAGGAUCAUCUCGCAGAUGACCGCUCUUCACGGUCCCGGCAAAAAUAUUCAGACCAAAGAUAUUAAGCAGGAACUCAGAAAGAACAAGCUGAGCGGGGAGAAGUCGAAGGCGGCCGAUAGUGUGGAGAAAGGGAUUCGAGGAGAUAGGCGAUCUAAAACGAGGGUUUCCAAGAAGGACAAAAAUCCUGAAGAGGAGGUCGAACGUGCUACAACGACGAGCUCGAGUAGAACGUCCGCAAGGAGACCACUGAAGAAGGUGCGCCGAAUCGAGACCGAGUCCGAGACCGAAACGGAACAAGAAGUCGCGGCCAAGACCGGACUUGAAGAUGGACAUGCGAGAUCGACCGUUAAAAAUGACGGUGCAAGCCGUGAAACGAUUGCUCGAACCGGAAGCAAGGAGAGAAGACCGGACGCGCGACUCUCCGAACAUUCCUCCGAGAGGAAAGUAUCGUCGAGAGCACUUAGCAUGGAUCGAAUCAGGGCGUAUGUGUUGCGCAAAUUCGCGAGCACCGCGAGUCUGGAGGUCCUACGAUCGCCUACGUACGUGGAACAGGUGCAGGAGGUGAUCGAUCGCGCGGCGCCGAUCAUCAAAGAGAAGUUAGAGGAGAUCGGACAACCGCGGGGAAAGCGUUCGAGAUCGGUCGACCUCGCCUGGAACGGGGAAUCGUUUCAUCGGCACGUUCGAGAAGAGAGGAGACAUGGCGCUGAAGAAGAAAGCAGAAGAGGAAAGAGUGGUAACGGGCUGGAACGGAGAGCCAAUAUCGUGAGGAAAGAGGAGGUGGAAGAUUCUUUCGGAAGGGACGAGACGAUUUUGAACGCGGAGAGAGAGGAGAAGAAACUGAGGAGGCGCAGCGCGGGAUCGGGCAAAAGAUCGAGAAGACGCGAGAGCACGGGCGACUUCGGCGUCGUCGAUCAGGUCGACGACAACUCGAAGCAUGGUAAUAAAUUGGAGCACGAGUCUGGCGCGACGCGCGACACCUUGGAAGCGAGACUGACCGCCACGCAGAGCAUCCUGGAAGAUAUCUCGAAGUCGACAUCCGAGUUGGGCGGUGCUCGCAGGAGCGAUCCUGCCGGGAGCGAUCCGUCGGAAUCGGAGAUCUUCGGAGAUCACGCGAACGGCGUUUCCCUGCCGGUCGUGAGGCCGCGGUCAUCCAGGAAUUCCAGAAGCGCCAGCAAGAACGGUUCGGUCGACAAUCUGACGCUGCCGCCCAUCUCACCGGAAGCUCCCAAAUCGACGAAGAAGAGGAACGAGCUGUCCUUGCCGGUCUUGCCGACGGCGUCCAACAACGGCAAUCAUUCUGCCAGGAAACCGCAGGAACAGGAUAUCUCGAAGGACGCGGAGGAGGCCUCGACGAUGCACGACAUUACGAGUGAUAUGGAAGACAUAGCGGUCCUUCCUGUAAACGAAGAUGCGAUCGUAGAUGCGAAGCAGGAUUCUGGCAAUGUUCGCCAGGACUUAACGUCGGACGUAAGGUUUAUCAAUGGCGAAGAACGUAUGAGAGAUGAAAACGCUUUGGUGAAACUCGACGAGAAACGCGGAAGUCUUGAGGAGUUUGAGGAAUUGGAGGAACUGGAAGAAGGGAGAAGAUCGGAGGAAGUCUUCAGGGAUAGUUUAAACGUUACACCGGAAGUGGCAAACGUGGUGCCGCUAAGGCCAGAUUCGUUGGAACCUGAUGAAGACGAAGUCAAACUUCAAGAUGAUAAUGCGGAUCCCGCACGAGAGAACGCGUUCGAUAGGCUGAAGGAUAAAUUGAUCGAAAUCGAGAUGGCGGAACGGAGUAUUGAGAAAGCGUUGGCUUGCCAACAGGUCGUGACGUGUGACAUCGGCGAAAUGACGAGCCAAGUGGAAAAGUCGGUGACUGACGGGAAGAUAAAUGAAGCGAGAGAGCCGACUAAUGAGGCGGAAGAGGCCGUGAGUGAGAUACGAAAGUCGACGGACGCGGAAAAAAUACCGAUAAAUAAAGACGAUGAGGAAAGGAAAAAGAACAACGACGAUGAAAAAAGAACGGAUGAUAUAGAAAAGAUAAAAGAUGUAACAGAAACAUCAAAUAAAACGGAAGAUUUAAAUAUAGAAGAAAGAUUAACAAAUAAAAAAGAAAAAAUGAAGAGUGAAAUAAAAGAGUCGACUAAUAAAACGGAAAAUUCAAGAAAUAAAGUAGAAACAUUAGCGAAUGGAAUUAAAAAAUCGGCGACCGGAAAUGAAGAAGAGAACUUAAAGAAUAAAGCAAAAGUGUUAAAGAACGGAGUAGAAAAGACGACUGACCAAACGGAAAUAACGACAAAAGCAACAGAAAAUGAGAUAAAAGCGCAAGAUAGGAGAUCAAUGGAUAAAACUGAAAAAUCGAUGAACGAAAAAUUGUCAAAUGGCAAUCAAAUAGUAGAAGAAUUAGCGGUUAAAGUUCAUGUAAAAAAUGUGCAAUCUAUAAAUCCAAGAUCGCACAGCAAAGAUUCUCAGAUUACUGAAGUAGUUGAAACAGACGGUGAUAAUACAACGACGUCAAAAAAAGAAGCUGAAAAUGCAGAUGCGAAUGGAUUUUCUAAGGGUACAACUUCCGGAAAUACUACGGUCAAAAGCAAAUGUCCCACAACGAAUCUUCCGAGCGAGAACGGUAGAACGAAAGCGCGGAAGAAACGCGAGAGUGACAAGUUACCAGUGACGAUGCCGCUCUCUUUAGAGGUUCCGUAUUCUUAUGUUCUCAGCGAAGGUUCUCCCUGCGAGAUCCCCGAUUCCGUGACGACUGUGAUCAUCCCGGACAGACCGUGCCCUUCUCCCGUUACUCUGGAGGACGAGGAUUAUCAGUUGGAACCAACGAAUCGAAAAGAGGAGUCAAUUGCACGCUUCGAUAUGGCUAAAGAGAUUUCCAAGGACGAAAAACGGGAAGAGGAUCAGCAUGGAUCCGUCAUGGAGGUUUUCGGAGAAUAUAUCCGACCGGAACCCGCCGUUCUACCUGUCGAUACCGAUUUUAUGCGUGGCGUGAAAAAACCAAGCCAGGACAUAAUGAUUGCUCAUCAGGACUUGGACAAGAUUAGAGAAGAGGCUGAAGAAGAGGAAGAGAAAAAAGAUGGCGAACGAAAACAGAUAGAGAGCCAUCAAGAAAGGAAGAAUGAUAAAGAGACGGUAAAAGAGGAAGAAAUAAAGAAGGUUGCGAUGCUGGAAGACAUCGUGGAGCACGAGGAAACUGAAGAAACUGAUGCAAGGACAAUUGGAUCCAAGGAUGCUGAGGAGAUUUCUUCUCCUGGCGUUCUCGAGUAUGAGUCUUUGUCUGACACUAAAGAUUUAACGGUUGAUACUGGUGUGACAAACGAAGGAAGAGCAGAAGUCACGGUAGAAUUAAGCGUGCCGGAGAAUUCGUCGGAAGAGAGCGGAAGUACGCAGGGCACCCAUACGACCACGUCGAGCGACGUGAAGGAGAGUACUGCGGAGAGCAAUCGAUCGAUCGAGAGCCCGAGUCCAGGCAGACCGGUAGUGCCGGAACUAAACCUAGAUUCGCUCCAGGAUAAUACGGUGUCGUCUUUUAAGAUCACGGAAAACGGAACGCAGAAGGAAGACAACGGCAGUCCUAGGGAGAGCGACGCCACGACGUCUUUGAUCGAGCCGUUGACUUCGGACGAGAGGUUGGUGAAUCGGCUGGCCUCGGCCGAUCACGAAGAAGAAAUUGUCGCUGAAGAGUUGACAGAGAGUGGUUUGCAAUCAGAGAUUCCGGAGGCUGAUCAAUUGUAUCGCGCGGAACACGCGGAGUAUGAGUGGCUGGGGAAAGAUCCGUUGUCUACGGAAAUCAACUUGGAGGAUGAAGCGCGAUCUCAGAAGGACAGUAUUGGUUUGAGAGCUUCAUCGGAAGACGAUGCACAAAUCGGCUCGCUUUUGCGGGAGAAAGAAGAGGCAGAAGAAUUAGGAAGUGAGGAAGAAAUCGCGAGAGAAUUGAUAGAUUUGUUGGACAAAGAUGUGCAAUUUCGCACUGAAAAAUUAGAUUUGAAAAAAGGUAGCGGAAAAUCUGAAAAGAGUAAUUUAGAUGUGGACGACGAAUCUAAUCAGCUAUUGUCAGAAUCUAUGCAUUCGAUGUCAGUUGAGCGAGAAAAGAAGGAUCACGAAGAUUCUUUAGAUAAAAUAGAUAAUGUAAUGAGAACUGAAGCGAGUAGCGAAUUAUCAGGUAACGUGGUGGAUACCAACCAAGAUAAUAAGGAUAAGAAAAGUCCGAUGAUGAACGAAGAAACUGAAAAAAUUAAACCGGAAGUGGCAGAGGAAGCACGCACAGAGAAUUCACAAGUUGCACCUUUAGCACAAUUUGAACAAGAAUUGUUAGAAGAAAAUAAUAGACUCGACACGGCGGAUGAAAAAAUUACAGUUCAAAGUAAACCUGAUAUUAUAAAUGCGGAUUGUACCGAUAUUCAGGAGAAAUUUGAAGAGAAGCAAGCGAGUAUUGAAGAGCUUCCAGAAAGGCAAAGCAGUAAAAUUGAAGAACCGAAUAGAAAGCGGGAAAAAGUUGAACAAGAAGAGUUGCAAAGUCAGGAGAAAUACGAGCAAGAAAAAUUAGAAGUACACGAGGAAUGCGAGCAAACGAAACUAGAAACACACGAGGAAUGCAAGCAAGAAAAUUUGCACGUUCAAGAAGAAAUCGAGCAGGAAAAACUGCACGUUCAAGAAAAAAUCGAGCAAGAAAAGCUGCACGUUCAAGAAAAAAUCGAGCAAGAAAAACUGCACGUUCAAGAAGAAAUCGAGCAAAAAAAAUUAAAAAUUGAAAGUAAAAGUGAUGAAGAAAAUGUAAAGGAAAAAAUGGAGGAAGAAAUCGUAGGUGUGACAGCAGUGCCUCUAGAAGUAACAGAGUCCAGGAAAGACUCGCUGAACGAGUCGAUGAAACACGACAACGGACACGAAGAGACUGAACCAAAUACGCGUGAUGAAUCCAUUAUUGACGAACGGACAGGAAAAGAUGCAGAAAAUGAGAAGAAAGAGAAAACUGAAGAUCUUUCAGGGAAGAUAGAGAGAUUAAAGAGUGUUCACGGGCCAAUUACAAGCGCAAUAUCGGAGCAAUCGGUGGAAGGCCGUUCUCGUUUCGGAUAUUGGACCACAGAGACGAAAUCGUCGACCGUGGAAACGGUAAUCGAAGCUUCCGAUUCCAAUACGAGUACAGACGAGAGGAUGGAGAUUGUUGCCGAUGUGCCAGAAAUCGUCGCGGACGAAUCGCUUAUACGGAAGAAAGACGAUUUCCACUCUGCGGUCGUAAAAAUUCAAGCUUGUAUCCGGGGAUUUUUAACGCGUCGCCGCGAGCGAAGAAGUUUGAGAUCAGAAUUGGUUUCGAAUAAUGUUCCAUCGACGCAGAAGACAGUUACGAGCGGUCGUCUAGCGGUACCGCAAGAUACUUUGAGUCUACGAGAAGCCAGACGUCUUCGACGAGAGGAAGCUUUGCGGAAUACGACACUUUCGUUGGAAAAUGCCUUCGCGACGGGUCGGCUUCAACAUACCGGCGAGUUUCACGAUUCUGUGCCGUUGUUUCCUUUCGAUCUGACGAAUAGUAAGAUUAAUUCAGUCACCUCGAAUGAUUCUUCGGACGAAGAGAUUGACAUAGAAGAAGCUAAUCCACCUGAUACUACGAAAUCUAGCGCCAACGGAGGUGAUCCUGCUCGCAACAGCAAACACGGGACGAGUUUCCACAAAGGCAACGCCUUCGUCGAUCCCACUUUUCCGAUCGUGAUGCACUUGCUGACGGACGCAUCCCGCAAUUGUCACUUCUCAGUCAGCCAAAACUCCCAUUCUGAUUUUAAUGCAAGUGUCGGAGGAGCGAAGCCCAUGGACUUCCUGCAGAUGCUGGGCUAUCCGAGAGACGACGAGAAUCAGUAUCUGAACUUUAUAACCAGCGUCGAGGAUUUGGGCUCCAAUAUGGAUUCCUUGCCUCUGGACGAUGACACGGUGAAGAGUACGAAGAAGAGUACCGACGACCCUCGUCCUUCGACGACCUCUGGCGAGGGCAGUCUCAGGGAGCCCUUGGCCCUUCCAGGCGAUUCACAGGGCGUCGUGAUCGAGGAACUAACCAGCUUAGACGACCCCGUCCCGUCGGACUCGACGAAACCGUCGACCGCGCCGAAGACCUCGCUGGAUACAAAUAGCUCGAUGCCGUUCGAAGAAUGUGCCCUCGAAGACGCGAAGAAUGAUUUAGGGAUGUCGCCGAGGGCCACGAGUGCAACGGGCAACCGGGAACAAGGAGCUGAAGGACAAGAAUCCGCUCGCAACUCCGAAAGCGUCGGAGUGAGCGAUUUGCGUAGCGAGGAUGAUGCGAAUAAAAAGUCUAACGAGAUAUCUCGCGAACGCAUGGAAGAAGAGAAGGACGAUAAGACGUGAAUCAUACAUUCGUAGAGACGCGUGGGCUGAUACGAAGCAGGGCAGGAGUCGCUAAUUGUAUUGAUCGAUCAAUUGGCUUCUCCGAUUAGAAUUUCAUUGCACAGGAUAUUUUUAUAAGAGGCACACUUGUGUUUUAUAUUACUCUUGUAGGAUCUGGAGUGCCUGAUUUUUAACUCGUUUAUAUAGAUACAGGUAGACGGUACGAGGGUAUCUCUCAGGAAUAGUAUUAGUAGACACGAGAUCAUGACACACAUAGCGUUUAGUUAUUAAUUUAAAUACGAAGAAAAUGCAACGCGAGUUCUAGAUUCGCAAUUUUGUUACACAAGUGAACGGUCUUUCCUCGCUUUUUAAAUAGAUUGAAAAUAUAUUAUAUAAUAUAUCUUUGUAUAUGCAAAAAGCAACAAUAAAUUGCAUAUAUAA